CCGCCAGGGAAAGAGUGGCGGGGAAAGUUGUCCGCCUCCUCUUUGUUGUCGCUCCACCCCUGUAGCCGAGCCGCGUCCCCACCGCCGGCUCUUUCUCACAAACCACCAUGAGGCGCACCAGAAGUUCGAGAAAUAAAAGCCAGAGUGCACCAGAAACAGGAGAGGUCCCGCCACAAGCAGUGUGGCAGUGGGAGGGAGACGAAGGACAAUGGGAGCCGUACCCUCCUGCACUCUGCGCCUUGUUGGACUCGGCCGUCUCUUCGGGAGACGCUUCUGUGUCUCUGCCUGUGGGCUCCGGGACGAGCUACGAAGUCGACCUGAAGAAGAUGGUCCAGAUUAACCCCGUCACCAAGUACAAGAGGAAGAUUCGCUCUCAGACGGUAAAACCAGAAAGUUUGGACGAUGCAGGUGAGCUGGCCGCUCCAAACAGUUCAGCUCCACUCAAAGAGGAAGAAACGGAGAAGCAACCUGCCGCCAAGAGGAAGAGAGCGCAGAGCAAGAGUCAGACAAAGAGCGAGAAAACGCCCAAAGAAGAAAUAAAAAGCGACGAGGUCGUGAGGACGGUGAUCAUGAAGGGAAAAGCCCCAGUGGACCCUGAAUGUAAAGCUAAACUGGGAAAGGCUCAUGUGUACUGUGAAGGAAAUGAUGUUUACGACGUGAUGCUGAAUCAGACAAAUGUUCAGUUCAACAACAACAAAUACUACCUGAUCCAGCUGCUGCAGGACGACAGCGGCAAGGCGUACAGCGUGUGGUUGCGAUGGGGCCGCGUGGGAAAAGUGGGUCAGAGCAGCCUGACAUCAUGUGGUGGAGACCUGCUGAAAGCCAAAGAUUUCUUCAAGAAAAAAUUUUUAGACAAGACCAAGAACGAUUGGGAGCGCCGAGCGAGUUUUGAGAAAGUAGCGGGAAAAUAUGACAUGGUGUUCAUGGACUACAGCACGAGCAAAAAGGAGGAGAAACAGACCGCUGUGGAUGCUGCACCCAAAAGGAGGACCUGCAAGCUGGAUGUGAAGCUCCAGUCGCUCCUGGAGCUCAUCUGUGACAUCAAAGCCAUGGAGGAGUGUGUGCUGGAGAUGAAGUUUGACACCCGGAAAGCUCCUCUGGGCAAGCUGACCACGGAGCAGAUCCGUGCAGGCUACGCGGCGCUGAAGAAAAUCGAGGAGUGUUUAAAGAAGAAGGGCAACAGUCGGGAUCUGCUGGAAGCCUGCAACCAGUUCUACACCCGCAUCCCUCACGACUUUGGGUUGAAAACGCCGCCAAUCAUUCACACAGAAAAAGAGCUUAAGGAAAAGAUUUCACUUUUGGAGGCUCUAGGUGACAUUCAGAUAGCUGUGAAAAUGGUCGAGUCCAGUGAGGACAGUGACGAACACCCCCUGGACAGACAGUACUGCUCCCUUCAAUGCCAGAUGCAGCCUCUGGACUCCGGCAGCCACGAGUACAAGGUGAUAGAAAAGUAUCUACACUCCACUCACGCCUCCACGCACUGCGACUACACCAUGACCCUCCUCGACAUCUUCUCAGUGGACCGAGAAGGCGAGAGGAACAACUUCCUGUCUCAGAUGCACAACAGGACUCUGCUGUGGCACGGCUCCCGCCUGUCCAACUGGGUCGGGAUCCUCAGCCAGGGGCUGCGAGUGGCCCCCCCCGAGGCCCCCGUCACGGGUUACAUGUUCGGUAAAGGGAUCUACUUCGCCGACAUGUCGUCGAAGAGCGCCAACUACUGCUUCGCCAGCCAGAACAACCACGUGGGCCUGCUGCUGCUGUGCGAGGUCGCCCUCGGAGACUCCAACGAGCUGCUGGACGCCGACUAUGAGGCCAACAAGCUGCCUGCUGGGAAGCACAGCACCAAAGGGCUGGGGCGGACCGGACCCCACCCGCGAACCUCCGUCAACCUGGACGGGGUGUCGGUGCCGAUGGGCCCGGCCGUGGAGACGGGGGCGGGUAAGGACCGCGGCUACUCCCUCCUGUACAACGAGUUCAUUGUGUACAACCCGGCACAGACCCGCAUGCGGUACCUGCUGCGGAUCAAGUUCAACUACUCGUCGCUGUGGUGAGACGGAGGUUUGCUCCCCACGAAGGAGGGAUCAAAGGGGGGGGGGGGGUCACCCAGCAGGUGGUGUCGGGUCCUUGGGGGGGGGGGUUGGACGUGAAGCCUGAGCACGCUGUGUGUUACUGGCUCGGGUUCCAAGGAAGCUUUGCUGCCUCCUCGACGUGGAGCUGCAACAUAGUCGAAUAAUUGGAAACUAUUUUAAAUGAUCAGUUUAAUGUCGCUGCAUCACUGGAAAGAUUCCAGCUUUUACUGUUUUAUCCAGAAAAUACCAGUUUGGGUAGUUUCACAUCAACAGCUCACUCAACUAAGAUGAAACACCUGUUUUUUACAUUUGUUUUCUUACUUGAAAUAUGUUGCAUCUUUUUGAGUCAAAUAAUUUUUUAAUAUGGCUUAAAAAUCUUCUUGAAAUGUUGUUUAUGCUGCUUUGUCUCAUCUUCUUGGACAGGAUCACUUCUAUUGAAUAAUUACCUAAAUUGAUUUUAAUUAGUCUCUUCUUCGGCAUGAACUGAAAUGGAAUGUGUUUUAAUAAUUUGAAUAAUAAUUGAGGAAACUGUUCUCUGUGGUGGCGAACAUGCUCUGACAACAUCACAUACAGUACAACCGUUUGUUCAAUUAACUUUUUAUGUAAAAAGAGAAAUAAUCAGAAAUCAUAUUUUAGUUUUUACAGGAGUUGCAAUGUAUGCAUAGAAAUAAUAAAGACUUUUCAAACAUUA